AUGAAAAAUUAUCUUUCUAAUCCUCCAGUUUUGAUGCCACCCAAGUCCGGGGAACCUUUGCUCUUGUACCUUACAGUGACAGAAACUGCCACGGGUGGAUUUUUGGCGCAAUAUCAAGAAGGUACCAAGAAAGAAAUUGCUAUUUAUUAUCUAAGCAAAAAUUUCUUAGAAUAUGAGACUAGAUAUACUCCCCUAGAAAGGGCAUGCAUCGCUCUAAUCUACGCGACAAAAAAGCUCCGACAUUAUCUACAAGCUCAUACAACAUUCCUUAUCUCAAGAUUAGACCCUAUCAAAUAUAUCUUUGAGAAACCUAUUCUGAGUGAAAGAUUUGCGAGAUGGCAUGCUAUUCUCUCAGAAUUCGAUAUUCAAUGUGUUAGUCAAAAAUCUGUUAAAGGGAGAGCCAUAUCUGAAGCGUUAGCUGAUGGGCCUAUAUCAGGAGAUGAAUUCGAUAAUGACUUUCCGGAUGAACAUUUAUUCAAUAUCAAUACAUCACAAUGGAAGAUGUACUUUGAUGGAGCAUCUAAUAGAAGGGGGAAUGGUGCAGGUGUGUUACUUAUUGAUCCACAUGGAGUUCAUAUUCCCUUUUCAAUAAAACUUAGUUUUCCAACAACCAAUAACACCGCUGAAUAUGAAGCUUGCAUCUACGGUGUAAAGGCAGCCUUAGCAGCAGGGGCAAGAAAUCUUAUAGUGUAUGGUGAUUCAAACCUCAUUAUAUCUCAGACAAUUGGAGUGUGGAGGGUUCGAGAUGAAAGGUUGCAAAUGUAUACUGACCAUCUCCAACAACUUAUCCCCUGCUUUGAGGAAAUCGAUUUCAAACAUCUCCCUCAAGAACAAAAUAGAUUCACUGACGUGCUAGCAAAUCUGGCAGUAAAUUUAACCUGGGAAGAUAACGUUAAAGUUCGGUUUGUAACUGUAGAAGAAAAAAGUUCCCCAGUGAUCAUGGAUGAAGAAAUGAUCACAUCAUUAACUAUAUGA